AUGACUGAUAAACAAUUACAAAGGUAUCGUAGAUACCAGAGUUUUCUUCGGAGGAUGCUCGUAAUUUGUGGCUGUUGGCACACUUCCACGAAAUCUGGCAAAACCACACAGUACUAUUCUUUUAUCGUACUUAUAUUGUUGGUUAUGUUUAUCACGAUCAAGCUUCAUAUUCUGUAUCAGUUUAGACAUAAUUUGGUACAUCUGAUGAAAAACCUAAGCCUAUUGAUGAUUUCACUUGGCAGUAUUCUCAAGGUCUCCUGCUUCUUAAUCAAUCGUCGUUUUCUGAUCGCUUAUCACCGUACACUGAAUAAUCUCUUUGAGAAAGAACUUUCGCAGAGUGAAAAAGUCCGAACAGUGAUGCUUUCGCCCUUACGCACAAUAGCUACUCUCGCAUAUGCAUAUUCUGCCAUCGUAAUUACCUUAAGUAUGACGUAUUUCCUGCCAACGUACAUCAUUAUCAUCCGCGGUAUGAUCCAUUUACAUAUACCUUCGAACUAUACUCUACCGUAUACCAGAGGACACGGAUACGGAUACUUUUGGACUGUUCCCCCUGGCAUCCUUCGUCAUUUACACAUGUUCUUCGAAUCGUACCUGACAGUGAUCAACUCUACUACCUGUACCGGCGUUGACAGCGUCUUCGGAUUCUACAUCUACUUGCUGACCUCGACGAUGCGUGCCAUGACUUUCAAACUCACAAAUCCAUCACCCAAUGACAAGUUCUACGAUGUGCUGAAGAUAAACGUGGCAAAGCACAAGAAGUUAAUGCAAUGUCGAGACAUACUGACGCGGGUUUACAGUCCGAUCAUUCUCUGGCAUAUCAUCACCAAUGCUGUAUUCCUUUGCUCAUUGAUAUUCGACGCCGUGAAAGUAUGCAAAAAAUGACUUUUAAUAUUGACCUACGUAUUCGAUAACGUAUUCGAUGUAAAAAAUGGCUUUUAAUAUUGACAACCUACGUCGAUCGCAUUUGGAAUCAAACAUUAUGAAUAAAUAUAUUUCUGGUUGAUAUAAUGAGAUGUACCAGCCGUAUAUCUCAUUGUACCAUGUAUAGUAUUAUAAAUUAUAAAAAAAAAUGUAUUUGUUGUAUAUAAACAGCAAUAUUAUGCAUUUAUUUGCGCAAAUCUUAGCAAAAUAAAAAUUGAAAGGGUGAGAGCAGAGCAACAUAAAUGUGACCAAUCCUUCUGAAAAGCUGUUAUUUUUAAAAUGUGUUUUCAAUUUACGCUACAAUUACGAUUCGGAUCUUCAUUUUCGCCAAAAUGAUCUCGAUGAAAAUACUAAUUAAAGUGAAAUCAAAUUGGAGGGAAUUUGCUAUAUUUAUUUUGCUAUGUAUUGAUUUCAGUCGCGAGACGUAUGUCGCGUUCAUACAAAAAUUGCAAGGUUUCCUUGUAGAAAUUGAUAUACUUAAAAUAUGUUCUCUAAUACUUCUCUAUCUGUCAAAUAAUAUCCUUCACAUACAAGUUUUUAAUUAUGUUUGCAUAAUACUGCAUAAUAUGUAUGUAUUAAUUUAAUGAUUAAUUACCAAACAUUUACAACAGCUUUCAAAUCGUAGCUUCGACAAGAUAGUGAAUUUUGUAACAUUUUCUAUGCUAAAAUUGCUCCAAAUGUUUA